AUGUUCCGUGCUACUAGCUCCCGCAUGGCUGGCUUCGUGUUCCGUGAGAACCGUGUGCCCUACUACCAGCGUCUCUUCCAGAACCACGAUGGCAAGCGCCAAUGGUGGAAGACCUCCCGCUCCGGCUACCUCAUGUACCCCUACCUCAUCUCGGUCUACGGCCUCGGUGCUGCUACCACCUAUGCCAUGUGCCGCAUGGUUCUCGGCCACAAGACUUGGAUCUAA